AUGGUGAACCCAGAGCAAGUAAAUCAAACCGUUCUCAUGGAAUUCAUCCUGCGAGGAUUUGAGAAUCUCCCUGAACUACAGACUCUUCUCUUCCUGUUAUUUCUUGCCAUCUACAUUGCAACUGUAGCUGGGAAUGUCCUGAUCUUUGGCCUAGUUGUGGCUGAUCAGCACCUUCACACCCCCAUGUACUUCUUCCUGGGGAACUUGUCCUGCUUGGAGACCUGCUGCUCUUCCACCAUCCUUCCCAGGCUGCUGGCUGGCCUCCUGACAGGGGACAGGACCAUUUCAUUUAGUGCCUGCCUCACACAAUACUAUUUCUUUGGUUCUAUGGUGGCUACAGAAUGCCUUCUCCUGUCGGUGAUGUCUUAUGAUCGGUAUUUAGCGAUAUGCAAUCCGCUGCACUAUGCAGCUCAUAUGAGUGGCAGGGCCUGUCUCCAGCUUGCAGGUGGCUCUUGGAUAGGUGGUUUCCUAUGUUGUAGCAUAACAACAUUGUCAAUAUGUCAGUUAACAUUCUGUGGCCCUAACGUUAUUGAUCAUUUCUUUUGUGAUUUUAUCCCCCUUGUAAAGCUCUCCUGCAAUGACCCUCACCUGAUGGAAACAUUGGCUUUCACACUUAGCUUGUUUUUCUCACUGGUCCCAUUCCUAUUUAUUUUGAUGUCCUACAUCUUCAUUAUGACCACCAUCCUGAGAAUCCCAUCCACCACUGGGAGGCAAAAGGCUUUUUCCACCUGCUCCUCUCACCUCAUCGUGGUGACCAUUUACUUUACAACUCUGCUGAUUGCUUAUAUGUUCCCAACCACUGACAUCCUGAGCAACUUCAAGAAAGUUCUCUCUGUCUUCUAUGCGAUCGUGACUCCUCUGGUAAAUGCCCUCAUCUACAGCCUGAGAAACAAAGAGGUCCAAGAGGCCCUGAGGAAAGCUUGCAGGAUAUUCAUAUUUGGACCAUACUAA